AUGGAUAUAUUGGGAUUUCUGACUCUCUUGGAGCUCUACUGUGACGUUUGGUUUUACGGUUGUGUGGACACCAGAGGUGAGGAUACACGCACCAAUUUUACAGAUCAUUUGAAGGAGGCUUUAGUCCGUAAGGGAAUCCGGACCUUCAUUGAUCGAGAGCUUGUGAGAGGAGAAGAAAUAUCGCCAGCCCUUGUCAAAGCAAUUGAAGAAUCAAGAAUUUCUCUCAUUGUAUUCUCUGAAAACUAUGCAUCUUCGAGGUGGUGCUUGGAUGAACUUGUCAAGAUCCUUCAAUGUAAACAAUCAAAGCAACAAGUAGUUUUGCCCAUUUUUUACAAGCUGGAUCCGUCGGAUGUGCGAAAACAAACAAGUAAAUUUGGUGACGCAUUUGAAGGCCUUAUUGAAAGCAAAUUCAAAGAUAACGAGGAGAAGGUGCUCAUAUGGAGGGAAGCUCUUACAAAAACAGCAAAUUUGUCCGGACAUACUUUCAAGGAUGGAGAGUAUGAAACUACAUUUAUCAACAGCAUCGUUGAUGGAAUCUUAAGCCAAGUACUGAGCCGCACAUAUUGGAAUGUGGCCAAGUACCCAGUUGGAAUUCAAUCUCGUGUACAAGAUGUGGAAAGGCAUUUAGAUGUUGGUGGGAAUGGUCGUCGCAUGGUUGGGAUAUGGGGGACAUCUGGAAUAGGCAAGACAACAAUUGCAAAAGCUAUAUGGAAUGCAAUUGCCUAUGAGUUUGAAGGAAGUUGUUUCUUGGAAAAUGUUAGGGAAAAUUCAAUGACACAUGGAGGCUUAAUCAAGCUACAGGAGACUCUUCUUCAUAAAAUUCUUGGCGGAGAAUGGAAAAUUUAUAGUAUUGAUGAAGGAAUUGGUGUCAUAAAAGAAAGUUUGAGCCAUAAAAAAAUUCUCUUAAUUCUUGAUGAUGUGAAUCAAUUGAAGCAAUUAGACAAUUUGGCUGGUGUUGGUUGGUUUGGUGAGGGAAGUAGAGUCAUCACAACUACACAAGAUAGCGGAUUGCUAAAAUGUCAUGGAAUUGAUUUGAUAUACGAGGUCCAAAAGUUAUAUGGCAACCGAGCUCUUGAGCUUUUUAGUUUCAGUGCCUUCGAUUCACUGUCAACCUCUCCAUCUCCACUGGAUGUCAUCCAAUCUGGUCUUGUGGCUCUAAUGUUCAUUAAUUCUUCUGCGCUUUGCUCUUCUUGUGCUACAUCUUGCAUCCUUGAAUUUGCUAAGGUCCAAUCUUUCAAACAAAUUAAUGCUUCUAUUGUAUUUGGACUCAAUCUUGCCCUCUUCUCAGAUACAACUCUACCACCUGCACUAAAAAUAUAUUCUGAUGCUACAGUGGAAGCUGGAACAGUUAGUAAAUCACGAGCCAUAAGGGAAACAAUAGGAUAUAAUGAUUUAUUGCCUUUCCACCAACCCAAAAGACUAAAUUGA